GCUGUUUCAAAUAAAUAGGAGUGUGAAGUGAGAUCUGCAUCAAAGGUGAUCAACAGCCAUCAUGAAAUCUCUGGUCCUGCUUUUGUUUGUGGGAGCUUGUGCUCUGGAGGAUAACAAGAUUGUUGGAGGGUAUGAGUGCACACCCUACUCCCAGCCCUGGCAAGUGUCUCUGAAUGCUGGCUAUCACUUCUGUGGUGGUUCUCUGAUCAAUCAGAACUGGGUUGUGUCUGCUGCUCACUGCUACAAAUCUCGUCUGGAGGUUCGUUUGGGAGAGCACAACAUCCAGAUUAAUGAGGGUACUGAGCAGUUCAUCUCCUCGUCUCGUGUCAUCCGCCAUCCCAACUAUGACUCCUGGACCUUAGACAGCAACAUCAUGCUCAUCAAGCUAAGUCAACCUGCUACUCUGAACAACUAUGUGCAGCCUGUUGCACUGCCUAGGAGCUUCCCCCCUGCAGGAACCUGGUGCACAGUCUCUGGUUGGGGAAACACCAUGAGCUCCACUGCCGAUCGCAAUAAGCUGCAGUGUCUUGAGGUCCUUAUUCUCUCUGACAGGGAUUGUAAUUGCUACCUUGGUAUCAUCACUAAUACCAUGUUCUGUGCUGGUUUCCCGGAAGGAGGCAGGGACUGCCGGGGUGACACUGGUGGCUCUCUGGUGUGCAAUGGUGAGCUGCAGGGUAUUGUGUCUUGGGACAGCAGCUGUGCUGAGAAUUGCCUUGGUUUCUAUGUCAAGGUUUAUGUUUUCACCAGCUGGAUUUCUCAAACAAUGGCCAGCAACUAAAUCUGCUCCAGCCCCCUUUAUAUAAUGCAACAACAUAUUCAUAAAACUUCUUGAAGGAAUAGGAACAAUCCUGGUUGACUUUAUAUCUAGCUUGAUUCUCUUAUAUAAAUAUUUAUUACCAUACACCUGUACUUAGUUGGGCCUUAGCACUCUCACCGCUGUGGUCCGGGUUCAACUCCCGGGCAGGGAACCACACGACAGUGUACUCCUAGUCCCCAUCCCAAGCCCAGAUAAAAUUGGAGAGGGUUGUGUCAAAUAUAUAAGCAAACAUGCGGACCAAUGAUCCGCUGUUGCAACCCUUAAUGGGAGCAGCCAGAAGAAUAACAACAACUAUAAUACUGUACUGCAAGGAAAACUCCACCCUGAAACAAAUUAAAUAUGUUUAUAUAGGAAAUAUUUGUGAGGUACUAAGUGACUGUGGUGCCACUUGGUUGGCUGGAGUUGUAUAUUCAUUACUGUCAUGAAAAGUUAGCAGUUGUCUGCCACAGGGUGACACUGGGCCUCAUCUAUCAAUGUAGUAAAGUUGUGUGUAAAUAUUUGCAUAAGCCAAACCGAAAACUUUCGAGUGGAUUUACAAAAGUUUUGGAAACAGUGAUUUUCUUUGUACUUGCGUAAGUAUGUUGAAGACAAUACCCUGUAAAUUACUGGGCAUGUGCACAGCACAGCUGAUUUGCAUUUGGUGAACCGACAAAACUUCAUUAAAGGCAAAGUUCAUUGCGCUGAAAUAACGAGUAGAUGGCAAAAAAGACUUUCUUAGAGGUAGAGAGUUAUUUAGACUUGCAUCUAUGGGAAUAAAAUAUAAAGUCAUGGGAAAAAGAAAGUACC